UUGAACGUCUUCACUCGUACAAUAUUUACAACGUCCUAUUAUUUGCUGUUUUUACGGAAUUAUCAUCAAAAUAUAUGACAAUUUACGUUGUGUAAACUUUCCGGAUUUGAGCUCAAGUUGCGGUAGACCGUCAACAAUGAUACACAAGUGUGUGAUCGGCGGCUGCCCGAACCGAUCGGACUCCAUUAUUCACUACAUGCUGCCGGAGGAGCCGCAGAGACGCAGCCGGUGGAUGAAAUUUAUCGAGGACAGUGAAGCUGCUGUUGCUGUGGGAAGCGCAGGCUCUUCGUGGCGGGUGUGUGGAGAUCACUUCUCGGAGGAGAGUUUCUUUACUCUGGAUCUGGGCUUCAGCACAUGCAGGAUCCUGAGCGUCGAGGCGGUUCCGACUGUUCAUCCUGCAGCCCGGACAGCCGAGAAAGAGACACCGGAAACAGAAACUGAAUGCGCUGAAAACAACACAUGUAGCAUCACCAUUUCUGAAGCCAUUUCUCUGGCGUGCGUCAAGGAUGAGCCCGUCGAAUAUGAGCUGAGCACCAACGCUACACCAGGCCAAGAGCACAACUCCUCUCAGGACGAGGAAAUGAAGGAUGAAGAGCUGGAGCAGGCCGUGACCGACGACAGCUUGGUCGUAGAGCCUAAAAAACAUCGCGCCAGCGCAAACUUAAUCAACUGUCCCAAAUGCAGCCAGAGGUUUCGCAGCAGACGCACGCUGACCAAACACUGGCGGGCUCAUCACGCUAAGAAGAAACCCAAAUCUGAGCAGAAAGAAAAGUCAGGGCUCAAUUCAGAAGCCCCGAUGAAUCCAGAAGAUAGGUUCCUCUGUCGGCAGUGUGGAAAAGGCUUCGCGCAUCAGGCCUUUCUAAAAGCUCACAGGAAAGUCCACGAAAACGCUGAAUCAAGCAUGCCGUUCGCUUGCCAUUUAUGUCCCCGAAGAUUCGGCUACAAAGUGGCGUUUGCUGCCCACAUGAAGCAUCACUCGUCCAAACUGACCUGCGUGUGUCCCGUCUGCGAAAACAGCUUCCAGUACAAAGGGUCUCUCGUUCAGCACCUCAAAUCGGCUCAUGCAGGAGAGCGACUGUGCUGCAAGACCUGCCAUAGGAGCUUCCUGAGGGUCAGCGGCUUCAUUAACCACAUGGACAAACACAACGUCAUGACUCCGUUUUACUGCGACAUCUGCCAGAUCUACCUGUCGCAGCGGGGCUACUCUAAACACAUGCUCACCCACAAGCAGAAGAUCCAGAAGAGCGGCCCCGGAGAGUCACUGGAGGAGAUGAUGGAGCCGCUCAGCGAAGAGGACAUGGACGAUUCACUGGAUUCAUCUGUGGUGGAGGAGGUGGAGACUGAAAAAGAGGUCCUGGAAAAGGAAGAACUUCAGCAGGAUGAUCAUGAGGAGCAGGAGAAGAGCGAGUGAGCUGCACUGUAAACAAUAUCUGUUACUUAACAGUUUCUGUAUUUUGUGAUUCACAAGUGCUUUCUGUUUAUUUACGGUUGUGAAUUGCAUUAUGGGAUGUUGAUCUAUGUUCUGUUGACUUUUAAUGUUAAAAAUUCAACUGUACAGUUUAACAAAGUGACUUUUGUUUAGUAGUAAAAGAAAUAAUAUAUAGAGAAUCAAGUCUUUAAAGUAACAGAAAAUGUAUCGGCAGUCUAUUACAAGGUUUUUGGAUUGUAAUAUACUGUACAACCCCAGAAAAUAUAUCAUUUUAAACUAAUAAAUUGUUCAUAAAAGUCACUCUUUUUUGAACUUUUCAAGGUUAAAAGUUGAUGAAAGAAUGCAAUUCAAAAGCAUAAAUAAAUAUAUAAUUAAAUGGGAAAAAAUAUGAAUCACAAAAUAUGACAAACUGCUAAUUUACGCAUAUUGUUUUUUCACAGUGUGAGGUGAUUCCUGUUUUUUUUAUCUGUGUGUGUGUGUGUGUGUGUGUGUUUUGGUAGGAUUUGGUCCUUCAUUACAGAAAAAAAAUAGUUUAAUUAAAGAGAUGGAUCACUCAGAAAUGCAAAUGUAUUCACUAUUAACUCUCCCUCAAGUGGUUCCAAAAUCUUUACAAGCUUCUUUCUUCUGCUGAACACAAAAGAAGAUAUUUUGAAGAAAGCUGAAAACCUGUAACCAUUCACUUCCAUAGUAGGAAAAUCUUUGCGAGUUUCUCAAGAAGAAUACAAAAGAAUAUAGUUUAAAGAAAAAGCUGUAGCCAAUGACUUCCAGAGUAUUUGUUUUUCCUAUUAUGGAAAUCAAUGGUUACAGGUUUUCAGCUUUCUUCAAAACAUCUUUUUUUGUGUUUAUCAGAAGAAAGAAAAUUGUAAAUGCUUGAAACCACUUGAGGGAGAGUAAAUAGUGAAUACAUUUGCAUUUUUGAGUGAUCUAUCUCUUUAAUAAACUUGUAUGACCCCAAACUGAAAAUUCUGCCAUUACUCGCUUACAAGUCCCCGGUUACAGCUUUUUCUUUAAACUAUAUAUAUAUUUUUGUGUUUAACAGAAGAAAAAAAAUUGUAAGCAAAUAUUGACAGAAUUUUCAGUUCGGGUAAUACAAGUUUAUUUUUAAAGAGAAAGAAUUACCCAAAAAUGCAAAUGUAUUCAGUAUUAACUCUCCCUCAAGUGGUUCCAAAAUCUUUGCGAGUUUCUUUUUUCUGUUGAAAACAAAAUAAGAUAUUUUGAAGCUGAAAUCUGUAACCAUUGACUUCCAUUGGAAAAACAAAUACUAUCAAAGCCAAUGGUUACAGGUUUCUUCAAAAUAUCUUCUUUUGUUUUCAACAGAAGAAGGGGACUUGUAAGCGAGUAAUGACAGGAUUUUCAGUUUGGGGUCAUCUAAGUUUAUUUUUAAAGAGAAAGAUCACUCAAAAAUGCAAAUGUAUUCACUAUUUACUCUCCCUCAAGUCGUUUCUGACCUUUACGAGUUUCUUUCCUCUGUUGAAAACAAAUGAAGAUAUUUUGAAGAAAGCUAAAAACCUGUAACCAUUGACUUCCAUAGUAGGAAAAACAAAUACUAUGGAAGUCAAUGGUUACAGCUUUUUCUUCAAACUUACUUAGUGUUUAACAGAAGAAAGAAUCUCGUAAGCAAAUAAUGACACAAUUUUCAGUUCAGGGUAACAAGUUUAUUUUCAAAGAGAUAGAUCACCCAAAAAUGCAAAUGUAUUCACUAUUUACUCUCCAUUUAGUGGUUCCAAAAUCUUCACAAGUUUCCUUCUUCUGUUGAACACAAAAGAAGAUAUUUUGAAGAAAGAUGAAAACCUGUAACCAUUGACUCCCAUAGCAGGAAAAACUAAUACUCUGGAAGUCAAUGGUUACAGCUUUUUCUUCAAAAUAUCUUCUUUUGUGUUCAGCAGAAGGAAACUAACAGCAAAUAAUGACCAAAUAUUUAGUUUGGGGGUUUAAUACAAGUUUAUUUUUAAAGGGAUAAAAAAAUGAAAUUCUGCAUCUGUUACUUUCAUUGUUUCUGCUGUUAAACAGAAAAGAUGAUAUCUUGAAUGUUGGAAAGAAACUGGUAGCUGAUGUUUACUUCCAUCAUAUUUUUGUUAUCCUAAAAUAGAGGUUUGUAAGGAGGUUAAUUAAGAAUAAGUGUUCAAUUUUGGGUGAACUAUCCCUUUAAUUGUUGAAUGUUAGUUAGAUUAAGUAAACUGAAGAUGUAGGCAAAUCACUGUAUCAUAACAAUAUAUGUAUCAUGGUAGUAAUGUUCAACUUCCAUUAAUGUUGGGAUUAUUCCAUGUACGUAUUCAUGAAAUCAUUUCUUAAAUGGACAAUUAAAAUAUCAUGCAUUUUUGUGACUUUAGGAUGCAUUUAUAUUGACGCUACACCAAGGCUGCAUUAACUUCAUCAUGACAAU